AUGAGAUCCGUCGCCACGUGGUUGCACCUGGACGUGGUCUCCGCAGGUUGCUGCAUGGGAGUUAUUGUGGACGAUACCGCUUGGGUCAAGAGUUUGGUUUUCGACAAGAAGAUCAGUCACUCGGCUAGUAGGCCAACCGGGGUGGAGAAUGCUAAGAUUGUAGUGAUCCAGUUUCAGAUUUUGACUCCAAAGACUGAUAUUGAGCAGAGUAUAGUGAUUUCCGAUUAUACCCAAAUGGACCGGAUAUUGAAAGAAGAAAGAAACUAUAUUCUGGGUAUGAUUAGGAAGAUUAAGGGUAUUGGCUGUAACGUUCUAUUGAUUCAGAAGAGUAUACAUAGAGAUGAAAUGACGGAUUUGUCGUUGAAUUGUCUUACUCAAGCAAAGAUUUUGGUGAUAAAGGAUGUGGAGUGUGUUGAAAUUGAGUUCAUUACAAAGACUUUGAAUUGUUUGCCAGUUGCAAACAUUGAGCAUUUCAGGGCAAAGAAGUUGGGUUUUGCAUAUUGA